GACGCGAUGGCCCCGCCGCUGUCCGGCGACGGCGACGGCCGCGCCGCCCGCCUGAAGCUCUUCCACCGCAAGCUGAGGGCCCGGCGCGUGCAGGGCGAGGCGCGCUGGCCGUCCGUCUGCGUGGACGAGCGGGGCAAGGCCAUGGUUUACCUGGACCUGCCGAGCGAUCGCACCCGCAG